UCCGACUGAGAAGCCUAAAACCCUUUCACAUCGUCGCUGCAAAGUUGAUCUCACAACGACCAUCGAAUUGCAGUGUUUUUGCGUAAUACCAAGUGACAAUGAGCGCACAAACGGCGCCGUAUCACCAGCCUGCGACGCUGGAAGAAGUCCGUACUCUCUGGAUUGGAGAUUUGCCCUACUGGGCUGACGAGAACUAUCUCCGUGCCUGGUUUUCCCACACCGGCGAGGUCCUCUCGAUUAAAGUUAUUCGCAACAAAAUCACGGGCCAGCCUGAGGGUUAUGGGUUGAAUUGGGCAUCUUCUGGGAUAGGGGAAAGGCGUACUGAUGGAGGACCUGAACACUCCAUCUUUGUUGGAGAUUUGGCACCAGAUGUUACGGAUUACCUGUUGCAGGAAACUUUCCGAGUUAGCUAUCCAUCAGUUAGAGGGGCCAAGGUUGUCACUGAUCCAAAUACUGGCCGUUCCAAGGGAUAUGGAUUUGUUAAGUUUGCUGAUGAAACAGAAAGAAAUCGAGCAAUGGUUGAGAUGAAUGGUCUCUAUUGCUCGACUAGGCCCAUGAGAAUUAGUGCGGCAGCUCCAAAAAAAACAGCCGCUGGCGUCCAGCAGCCGUAUCCUGCAACUAAAGCAAUAUAUCCAGCUCCUGCUUACACAACUCCUGUGCAACCAAUUCCAGUGGAUAAUGACAUCAAUAACACUACUGUUUUUAUUGGUAAUCUGGACCCUAAUGUUACUGAGGAAGAAUUGAGGCAGAUAUUCUUGCAGUUUGGGGAUAUUGUUUAUGUCAAAAUCCCUGCUGCCAAGGGAUGUGGUUUUGUGCAGUUUGCUGCAAGGACAUCAGCUGAAGAAUCAAUCCAGAGAAUGCAGGGUACUGUGAUUGGUCAACAAGUUGUCCGGCUUUUUUGGGGGAAAGGGAGCCCAACGGCAAAACAGGAUGCUGUUGGUGUGUGGGGUCAGGCUGAUCCAAAUCAGUUGAGUGCUUAUUAUGCAUACGGACAAGGCUAUGAUCCUAUGCAUAUGGCGCCACACAAGAUCCUUCAGCAUAUGCUCGGUGCAUAUGCUGGCUACGGACAAUCCCCCCACCCAGGUGACGAUCAACUUGAUGUUCUUUAUUUUCCAUGCCUGGCUAAAGGUAUAUAUGUGUGA